UCCAUAUGUAAUUUUUCUGCCUUUGUUUGUGGUCGGUUAAUUUAUAAGUUUUGGAUUAAUGCAUUUUUGCCAAACUAAUGAAUUGCUUUCUAAUUUUUAACAAAGUAAACUAAAACCAAUUGAAAAAUGAAUAUACUCAAUUUACCAAAUGUGAUGCUGAUUCAAAUAUUUGAGUUCUUGCCGUACGAAGAAGUGGCCAAGAAACGUCUGAUUUGCAAAAAGAUCGACAUGAUUUGUCAACAUAUUCUUAAUUGCGGCUUUAAUAAAGUCGUAAAGCAACACUCGAUUAGUCUCAAAAGGAUCAAGGCGUUGCUGCCUCGUCGGGAGUCAGAGAGGAGAAAUCAUUGUCUAGCUCGCCAUGCAGAUAUACUUACUUGCAUAGAGACACGCAUCUCGAUGCUGUCAAUGACCUAUUCGAAGUACAUGGAUCUGAAUUUGUGCUGUUUUAUUCCGGGGCGCGUGUUGGAUGAAGUAUUUCGUAUUUUACGCCUUAUUUCGAAGACAUCAAAACCUCUGCGGCCGCAUGAAGUGCUGCAAGAGCUCAGAGAUAUAUCGUCGAUGGCUAUUGAACAUUUCGACGAGAAGAUUUCGCAUUCGUUAAAGAAAUCAUUUGUCGAUAGUAAUACAAUGUACCCGAAUAGCUCUUCAUCAGCGGGAUCAACAACUACUGCCACUGCAACUGGCUCUUCCAAGAGCGUGUGUUGUGACCAAAUGAGACAGAAAGUGAACAUUCUACUUGGAUUACAUCAAACUACAUUUGAACCCGUACAUUUUUCUGCUCAGGUUCAAUCAAAGGCGUCCCCAGUUGCUGCUAUAGAACAACAACCCACGACAACACAUGCUGAGGGCGGUGGACAAGUUUGUGAGGAGGCUCGUUCUACAAUGACGUACUUGAAAAAAAUGGAACAGGAAUACAAAAAGAAAUUCGCUAGGAUGAACAUAAUGCUGCAGGUACAGACAAAUCAAUCACGCCGUUUAAAUCAAAGUUUAGCAACAAUUAUUGAAUUGAAUGCACAAGUUAUUGAACUCAAAAAACGUUUGGAAGACAUGGAUGCCAAAAAUCGUGAAUUAUCAGCGAGUAUAAAGCAGCUUAAUGGUGAUUCAUCGGCUACGAAUACACCUCAGACCACUGCCACCACCAGCACUACAACCGUCGCUACCACCACCGCUCAAGAGUUUUCAAAGUCCGAAUUAUCGGCCGAUAUAACAUCCCAGGAUACCACCACAACCACCACCAGUGCCAAUCCAACAGAUGAUGAUGACGACGGUGAUGUCGAUGGCGAUGUAGAUAUUGAAUUUAAGGCCACAACUGUUAAACGUCAUUUAGAUGAAUUACCCCUUGAAGAGGAAAAUGCUUCUUCUAGCACAGAUCUCAACACAGCCAAAAAAUCUAAAAUUGAAUAAGCAUAAUAACUUGUGAGUUAACACACGCCCGUUGUGUGCACUGAAGCUGAUGUAUACCAUUUCCAAUUUGGAGGUAUACCUAAUAACUCUUAUGCUGCGAAAAUGUUUUUUAAACAAACUGCUAGACUUUUUUUUUCUUUUAACAUUAGACGCUAGUGAUUUAUUUAUCUACGUUAAAAUAUGCCUUAGACGAGUGAGAGAAUUUGUGCGAAAGUUUUAUUUUUAUUUUCGUGGUUGUUGUGUGAAUAAAAGGAUUAACAAAAACGAAAAU